UUUAUAUGCGCAUUGUUUGCUUAAACACAAAGAGACGCCCACACGCGGUGUGUUGGGUGGUGCAGGAGAUAAGUGGAGGACGCUGGUGGAGAAGCAUCCACGUUGACAGCGACCCGCGCAUUAAUCCCGAAUACAUCCGGAGAGGCUCUAUAUAAAAAAAAAAAAAACAGACAUGAAGCCCGACAUCCUAGCGCUCUGCAUCCUGGCAACCACGAUCCUGGGAAGCGGUACUUGUCACGUCGCCGGCUUCCUUACUUCCCAGUCCACCACAAACGAAGGAGGAGCAGGUGAAGGAAAAGUGGGUGACUAUCAGGGCGUUGCAUCUGGAACGCAGCGCCUGCAUCUGCCCAUCUUCGGGGGCGAAGGACCCGUUCGCCAAGGACCCUCUUCGUCGGACGUCCAGGAGGCACAGGAGCGAGCUGUUUACGAUCCCGGCGAUGAAUUACUACGCGCCCAGGAACUCGGAUUGGCACUGGCUCCAUCGAAUCCCGAAUACACCGAAGCCGUUUACAACGAACUCGAGCUGGCCAACAAGUUCGAGGUGCUCAAGAAAAUGGAGGAGGAUUUACGGGCCGAGCAGGAACUGGUGGACAAAUCCGCUUUGCUCAUGAAAAUGCUAGAGGAUCCCUCUCUCGAAACUUUACCCCUGGUCUACGUUGAGGAGGAAGAGCCGGAGGCGGUGAUUCCAUCCGCCGGAGUCGAGGACUACGCCGACUUGGAGAACGCCGUUCAGGAUUUGGUUUUGGGCCAGAGUAAGCCCAAGCGUUCGCGCUAUUAUCGCAGGUAUCCGUGGAAGCGUCACAACAAGAAUCGCGGUUCUUACAUGAAUUCUAUCAACAGCAACUAUGAACCGGAAUUACGAUAUGCCUGCACACCUAGUAAGGAGGAUAUAUUUAAGUUGCUGGUCAAUCUGCACGAGAAUCGCAAGGGCAAUCACAGCAAGACGGUUAAUUUCUGCAAUCGCAAGCGUCCGGCCAAGGCGGUCUUCACCAAUAUAAGAUUCCUGGGCUAAGGCGAUGGAUGUAUGCAGGCAGUACACUUAACCCCCCCCAAUCACACCGACAGGACACUGACAGACACAUAUGUAUACCAAGCAUCAAUUGUACAUUGCUGACAAAGUCGAGCGCCAAACUGGAGAACAACAAGCACUUGCAAUUAGCCAAACUAAACUAUCUAGCUACCCAACUAAACGAACUAAACUAAAAAUACUUAGUUAUCUUUUGGGGAUAAAGCCCCUUGUGAGGCAAUUAAAACGCAGCCCGUGCCCCAGCCCUAAAUCUAAUUGUAGACAAUUAAAACUUUUAUAGCUCUCAAUGUGUUGUAUAUACUAACUAAAUAAACGAAGUUCCAGUAGCUCUCUUUGUUAAUAUUUUUUGCGGUUGUUGCGUAUGCUAAUCCAAACAAUUGCAAAACGUUGCCAUAUCAUUUAAAAGUCUCGUAACGUCUCUCGGUCCAUGAAGCUAGUACUAUUAAAUAAUAAAUGGAACCACCUAACUUAAUGCUAUAUCAAUGUGUACAUAUAUACGAAAAUAUUUUAAUAUUCUUAAACAUAAAAUAUUAUAAAUGUGUACUUAUUAUCUACUUAUUAAAAACACUAUCUCUAAUGUAUAGUCGAUAAAUAUAUAUAUAUAUAUAUUUCGAAUAAAC